GCCAGUGCAGUUCACAGACCUGAAGAGCAGACGUGGGUAUAAAAGGGUGAGGUCCCUCUCCUGCGGUACCUCUCCCUGCUGAGAGAGCCCGGCCACUCUUUAUCAGGCACUGCCUUCUGCCGCCAGGAAACCAGCUGGAGGGAAGGAUGAGUGGACAGUCUUUGAUUGGUGGCACUGAUGACGCCCAUCACGGUCCUCUUUGGAUAGACCCUUUUGGAAAUAAAGCCAGUGAGGCAGCACCAGGAGGCUUCAGACGGCUAAGCUUGACCCUGGCACACAGGUGGCAAGAACAGGAGCCCGAGGAAGAGAUGGCCAUGGAAGACAGUCCCACCAUGGUUAAAGUAGACCGGGGUGAAAACCAGGUGUCAUCGUGUCGGGGGAGACGGUGUGGCUUCAAAGUACUUGGCUAUGUCACUGGUGAUAUGAAAGAGUUUGCCAACUGGCUUAAAGACAAGCCCAUGGUGCUCCAGUUCAUUGACUGGAUUCUUCGUGGCAUAUCCCAGGUGGUGUUCGUCAGCAACCCCAUCAGUGGGAUCCUGAUUCUGACCGGAUUUCUGGUCCAGAACCCCUGGUGGGCUCUCUGUGGCUGUGUGGGAACUGUGGUGUCCACUCUGACAGCCCUCUUGCUGAGCCAAGACAGGUCAGCGAUUGCAGCCGGGCUCCAGGGCUACAACGCCACCCUUGUGGGAAUGCUCAUGGCUGUCUUCUCAGACAAAGGCGACUAUUACUGGUGGCUGAUACUCCCUGUAUCUAUUAUGUCCAUGACUUGCCCAGUUUUCUCCAGUGCGCUGAACUCGGUGUUGAGCAAAUGGGAUCUCCCGGUCUUCACUCUCCCUUUCAACAUGGCGCUGACGAUGUACACGGCAGCCACAGGACAUUAUAAUGCAUUCUUUCCAAGUAAACUCUUCGCACCCGUCACCUCCGUGCCCAAUAUCACGUGGUCUGAGCUCAACGCGCUGGAGCUACUGAAGUCCCUUCCGGUGGGCGUCGGUCAGAUAUAUGGCUGUGACAACCCGUGGACAGGGGGCAUUUUCCUGUGUGCCAUUCUUCUUUCCUCCCCACUCAUGUGCCUGCAUGCCGCUAUUGGAUCGUUGCUGGGUGUUGCCGCAGGACUCAGUCUUGCAGCUCCGUUUGAAGACAUCUACGCCGGGCUCUGGGGAUUCAACAGUUCUCUGGCCUGCAUUGCAAUUGGAGGCAUGUUCAUGGCACUCACUUGGCAGACCCACCUCCUGGCUCUUGCCUGUGCUCUGUUCACUGCCUACUUCGGAGCCUGCAUGACACACCUGAUGGCUGUGGUCCAACUGCCAGCUGGUACGUGGGCCUUCUGUUUGGCCACACUACUGUUUCUCUUGAUGACCACAACAAACCGCAACAUCUACAGGAUGCCCCUCAGCAAAGUCACCUACUCUGAAGAGAACCGCAUCUUCUACCUACAAAACAAGAAGAGGAUGGUUGAAAGCCCUCUGUGAAAGUAACCCCACACAACAGCUGUGGUCACGAGUCAUUUCUACGUGCAGCUCCUAUUGGCUUCCAGAUUCUCAGCAACUGCUUUUCAUCACAGGAGAACAACUUUCAGGCUGUCAGAAACCCAUUCUUUUGCUUGCUUUGUGUUUUUCCUUUUGAUGGUAUAUCAUCAAGCACAUGAGAACCAUGUCCAGGUGAUGUUCCCUGGAAUGGAAUUUAAACCCUUCUGUGUGUUGGCGGGGGCAGGGGUAGCACUAAGAUUGUAAUGUAUUUAUAAAGUCAAAAUGUUCCGACAGAAAGGAGAAAUGGAAGCAGAAUAAUUAUUAUUCAAAGCUAUCUUUGAUGUCAGUAUUAAAAAUUAAGUUCUGUAACCAUUUAAACCUUACGGCAUUCACAGGCACAGAAGCAAAGCCAACCCAAAGGUCUCAGAUAAACAGUUUGCUUUCAGGAUUAGUACAAGUUACUCAGAGCAACUGUGACCAACAUUGCAUUGGGGCAGGUUGACCACAGGACUGGUCCUCAGCCCACCGUCAGCAUGACUUCUACACUGUGACAAUCUUAUAUUUUUGGUUGUGAGACUAGCCUUUAACAGCUGAGCUAUCCCUCGUCCCAUAUGACAUUCUUAAUGAGAAUGGUUAGGGUUUUUUUUUUUUUUUUUUUCAAACUGACAGAACUGUGGGGAGGACUUUGCUGGUCAAAAUAGUUCUGUAUUGCCGCUCUUGGAAUUUGAAAAAUUCAGGUAGAGUUUAUUUAUUCUUAUGAAAAGAAAAUAUUCUUUUCACCUAUGUAAGUUUGCAGCCAGCCAAUUCUUAGACAUUAAAUAAAAUAUAUAUAUGGAAUAUUUAGCAUAGUUGCUUUUACUUUAAUUAUUAUGUUAUUUUUUUUACUUUUUAGUUUCUGGGGGGUGUUUGACAUAAGGCCUUGCAAAGUAGCCCAGGCUAGCCUAGAACUCAGCAUCCCUCUGUUUCCAUUCCCUUAGCACUGGGACUAUACGUUAGUUUUUUAAGUGCUUCAGAUACAUGGCAACUUCACUAACCUCAAGAGCCUUUUAUUGUCACAUUUUUAAUGAAUUGAGGACAUCUUCUAGACACUGGCAGUUAAGAUGGAUUCACACAGUCUUUCCAAGAGUUCUUUAAUUUCUUAAAACAAACGACAUUAUUUUCUGCACACCAAUGUUCUGUUUGGGAACCGAUGGUAUUGGAGCCACCUGGAAGAAAUGCAGGGAGGGAAUUCUCCAGAUUUUCUUUUUAAAUUUUUUACUUUAAAAACUGUGGUUUCUGUAAAAAUUCUAUGACCAAUCCUGCUGAAGAGGACGGCAGAAAGUCCCAUUUGCCAACUGCCACCUGUCCAAUGACAUUUAUUAUUUGGAGGUUGGGAAAGUGAAAUUUUACAUCCUAAAGUUUUUUUUCCCUGUUGAGUAUGUUGUUCAUGCCUGAAAUCCUAGCACUCGGGAAACUGAGGCAGGAGGACCACAAAUUUAAGGACAGUGUGGGCUACAUUGAAGGGCCCUAUCUCAAAAAACAACAAAAAAGAGACACUUUUGAAAACCCUCUUUCAAUAGUCACUCAGCUAGCUGAGCGGUGGUGGCCAUGCCUUUAAUCCCAGCAGAAGCAGAGGCGGGCAGAUCUCUGAGUUCAAGGCCAGCCUGUUCAACAGAGUGAGUUCUAGGACAGCCAGGACUACACAGAGAGACCCUGUCUUAAAAAACAAACACAAAACAAUAGUGCGAGAAGACAGUCCACAGUCUGCUGAACAGCUGGAGUCAGGCAGCAGGAAAGUCUCUGCAUAUGCCUUAGGGAGUCCGUCAUUCUCCCUCUUCUCAGGAAAACAGCCUGAGAACUACGACCGUUUUCAGUUCUGUGACCACGCCCUUUGAAGCCGUGGAUCGGCAACUGUCAUUGAUUCCUGAGUUGUCCUAUGAAAAAUCUGAAUUUCCAGUGUUUGAACUGAUAUUUUCCUGUUUGGAAUUUGUGAAACAAGGGUUGGGAACAACAAGAAGAGACGUGUAAAUACCCUCCAGAAGUGAAGAAGCUGCUUCCGAGCAGAGCGGACUGAUGGGUCCACCAUGCAGCCAAUCCCAUCUUGGAAACAGAGCUCAAAUUUACCUAAGCCAGUGCGGUCUCAGAUCGUCAAAUGAGAACAAGCUUAAAGCCUUCUAUAUUAUUUUAUUUAUAUAAUAUUAAUGUCUUUAAGGUAUUUUUGUUACUAAGUAUUAUCCUAAAGUUAAGUGAAAACUCUUAGGGCUCCUUUGUACCUAUUUUUGCUAUUGUCUGUGUAACAGAUUCCUGUGUAAAGAUAUGAAUAAAUUAUAUUCACAGCCCA